AUGAACGGGGUGGAUCCCCCGUACUAUAAUAAAUUCAGGGACCUCGAUCCCACCAUGGAAAAAAAUAAAAAACAAUUAAAGAAUAAACGAUUCCGCGUGGAUGAUUUUAUACCACUACCACAAGUUUUACAAGCCGAAGAGCACAUACCACGUUAUCUUGUAGCAUCUGCUUUGCCUGCAAGUGAAACUAUUCAAGCUAAAACAUUGGCAUCUUACAAUGUAUUCCAAAUUGAAAAAGGUCUUAAUCACAUCAGCAAGGACUAUCUCGAAGUAAAUGAGAUGAGAAGUGGUGACUUGAUGAUAAAAACACCAAACUUGAAAGUUGCACAGAAAUUUUUAAAUGCAAAACUUAUUGAUUUGGUACCCGUACAAAUUACAUUACACAAAACGCUUAACAGUACACAAGGAAGAAUUUUUUCAAGGAAAAUCAUUGACCUUUCUGAAGAGGAACUCAUACAGGCUUUGGCUCUGCAAAAGGUAACAGAUGUACGAAAAAUUACGAAGCUAGAGGGUAAUGAGAGAGUACCCACUGGUGCCGCUAUCAUUACCUUUGAUUUAAUCCGUCGUCCAGAAACGAUUAAACUAGGCUGGGAAAGAGUACGUGUUGAUGAACAUGUGCCUAACCCGAUGAGAUGUGUCAAUUGUCAACAACUAGGCCAUACGAAAAAUCGAUGUAAAGAGUUGAAUUAUGCAGAGAGUGUGGUUUCUUGCCCCACACUCAACUUGCGUUAG